AUGAAUAGUCUUCUGCCGGACCCAUGGAUGGCCCUUGGCCUCGACAGGACCGCCGACAAGUCGGAGGUCCGGGCCGCGUACAAGAGACUUGUUCUCAAAUGCCACCCCGACAAGGUGCAAGACCCGAUUCUCAAGGCGCAAAAACACGACGAAUUCCAAAAAGUCCAGCAGGCAUAUGAGCUGCUCAACGACGAUGUCGAGAGGAGCAAAUAUGAGGAGCAGGUUAGGCUUAUGGAGCAGCGUGUCAGACAACAAGCCAACAUGAAGAACAUGCCCAAUUCGUCAGCGUCACGCACGUCACCGAGAAAUGCUUCCUUCGAUGUCAGGAACGCCGAGCCUACUCGAUUCCGUACAUCAACAGGCUCGACCAAGGUGUAUACGUACUCAUCGCCCCACACGCGCUCGCAUGAUGACGUACCUUCUUCCCGCAUCCAUCCUGUGUUUGAAGAAAUGGAAAGGAAGGCUCGGCGUACAGCCAGCUAUGACGAGAAGGAGAAGCCUUCGAGGCGCGAGGAAGAGAGGCGCGAAAGGCGUAGACGAGAAGAAGAAGAAAUGAGAGCAAAAGACAAGGAACGGGAAAGGGAACGAGAGAGGGAACGUGAAAAGGAGAGAGAGCGGGAGGCUAAGGCCGAGAAAAAGAAGCUCGAAAAAGAGCAGCGUGACCGAUACAAGAAGCAGCAGGAUCGGGAGCGGGCCCGCGAGUCGGAUGAGAAAGCCCACCGACAUAAGCCCUAUGUUGAGCCCUACGGUGGUGGGUUUCCUGCUCAAGAAGAAGAGACAUACUUGUCGACAUCAGCGAGGCCAGAAAAGAAGAGAUCCUCCAGCAAGAAGCACAGCGAGAAUCGGGACCGGGACCGUGAGCGCGAGCGCGAGCGCGAACGCGAUAAGUCGUCGUCGCGUCCUCCUCAACCCCCGCUUCUCGAGACGGUUUUGCCUCAUGAGCAAAGCUUUAGCCACGCACGCAGCUAUAUCGCAUUCUGGAAGUCAAAGUCUCAGUCACCACUCGAACCGAUCUUCUCGGCCCCUACGCCGCCACCUGCCGCUGUUGCCGCUGAAUUCCUCGAAGAAGAUAUUCUCAGGCGCUCUACUGCCCGUGCCGCCGGUCGACGCUCAUCUCAUGACACCCCCAAAAAGGAGACCUAUGUCAUAAACACUCACAGCACACCUCCGAUCGUCCCAGGAUCACCUCCUCGUGUAUCCGCCUAUGUUGCUCGCACCCCCAUGCCAACGCCUACCCUCUCACGGGGCCAAACCUGGACUGCUGGGACCGGAGCCGCAACCAGCCCAGAUGAUCACUACAACCACUAUGGAGGCGAAUCUGACGAAGAACCACCACGUCCCCGCCGAAGCCGGCGCGCAAGAUCCCCCAGACAGCAAACGCACUACAGGGUCGACGAAGGCCGAUCCCCGUCUUCGAGGAGGUACAUGCCUGAAGUUGACUCUCGUUCUUCGCCGUUAACAGCAUCUUACCCUGGAGGCUUUAUGCCGGCCGACAUAAGUUUUUCCGAGUACCACUACCCUUCGAUAAGUCAUCAUGAUCAGUUUGUCCCUGCAUCAUAA